UUUAUUAGAAAUAUAUAUGUCUACCACUUGUUCAACGGAAGAUGAUAACUUGGAAUGUGAAUCUACUGUCUAUACAGUGAAUCAUAUGAGAAUGGGUGAAGAAUCAUUGUUUUCUAAUGAUGAAUUCAUGCCUAAGGUACAAGCGCCAAAUGCGGAUAAUUCAUACAACAAUAUGAAACGUCCAGGAUUAACACCAUCAAUGACUGCUUACAGAUGGAUAGUAUCACAACCAACUUUAUCUAAAGACAUAUUCAGUCAAAUUAAAGACAAAACUACCACACAAUGGUUAAGUGUUGACACAACAGAUGAUUGGUUAAUGCAUAUUCCGAAGUGUUCAAUGACUGUUGAUAAAAUAUCGUUGAAAAAUUGGCAGAAUUAUUGUUUACAUAAACCGUAUUCAUCGAAUGAAGAUCAAUUUACAACAUCGUAUUCAAUCAAUUAUCAACUUAAACAUUUAGAUGAACCAACUAAAUUGAGACCAACAUCUGCCAAUCGGCGGCAUAAACCACAGUCAUCAAGCCUUUUUCUUAACUGCCACUUGCACAAACUACCGAAAUACGAAGCAAAAUGAAAAUGGAAAAAAGCUUGUCUACUAUUCAGCCAACUUAACUCAGCAUCAUCAAUUACUCAAGUGGAUAAAAGAAGUCAUAUCGACCUCCUUGAGAUUUUUCAUGAAAUUUUUAGUUUAUUUAUAUUACAAACUUAUUUGUGAAAAAAUUCUCUAUCUUAUUUUGAUUUAUUUACAUUACUUAAUCAGCUGAUAGAAUUUAUAUCUCACUUUUGUUAUACAAAAAUACAUAUUUUUCUAAAGAAAAUAAAGUUUAUCACGAUGUUCA